AUGGUGUUGGCAAAGAGCAAGAAUGCCGUGGGGCUGGGCAACAGCCUUAUGAACGACCGCUUUGGCAAAGGCAAAAAUUCCAACAUGCACCGCGGCGGCGCCCAGAAUCAAGGAAAUGCAAUCAAGCGAAAAGAUCAGGCCGGGAAUGAAUAUAUCACGAACGAGAAGAAGGAGGCCGACUGGGUCAAAAUGCGCUCUGUCACAGAGCAAGGCGCGUUGGACGAGUUCUUGAGCACGGCAGAACUGGCAGGAACGGACUUCACAGCAGAGAAGAUGAAUAACGUGAAGAUCAUACAUACGGACCAGAAGAACCCUUACCUUUUGAGCAAAGAGGAGGAGAGAGGAGUUGUGCGGAAACAGAACGCCAAGCGGGCCAGAUUGAAUGUGCCCAGAAGGCCGCUGUGGGAUGAGAAUACCACGCCGCGAGAACUCGACGAGAGGGAGCGCGAGAGCCUGCUAGAAUGGCGGAGAGGUCUGGCGGAACUGCAAGAGGUGGAUGAUCUACUCAUGACUCCUUUUGAGCGCAAUCUGGAGGUGUGGAGGCAACUCUGGCGGGUCAUUGAGAGGUCAGAUCUCGUUGUGCAGAUUGUGGACGCCAGAAACCCGUUAUUGUAUCGCUGUGAGGAUCUGGAGCAUUAUGUCAAAGAACUGGACGGUGGCAAGAAGAGAAAUCUGUUAUUGGUCAACAAGGCCGAUAUGAUGACACUCGAGCAAAGGAGGAUAUGGGCCGAGUGGUUCAACGAGCGGGGCAUUGCCUUCAGAUUCUUCUCGGCUGAACUUGCAAAGGAGAUGAACGAAGCAAGAGAAGACGACUUGGAAGAAGAAGUCGAACAUAAGAAUGCAUUCGAUCAGCUGCAGGACGCGGGAGAAAAGGAUUCUGACGAAGAUGAGGAGGACGAUGAAGAUGAUGAAGACAGCGAUGAGGAAGACGCAGAGCUGCAUGAAAGCGACAUUGAAGAAGAGAUCGAGGAGGCAGAAGGCAAUAAACUCGCCAAAGAGGCCAGAAAGAUCGAGAUACAGGAUCAGGAGGAAGAUGAAGAGGAAUGGGCAGACGAAGAGAGCGUCGAUGUCAAGCCAAAUGCAGUACCCGAUGACCAACCCGAGAACCUCUCCAUCGAGGAGGCGACGAGAAUUCUGACCACAGAAGAUCUCGAGGCUCUUUUCCUCGAGCACUCUCCCGCAGCGCCGCCGUCAUCAGAUCCGCAGUUCCCUCAGCGAAAGACAUCCAUUGGCCUGGUUGGCUAUCCUAACGUCGGUAAAUCCUCCACGAUCAACGCUCUCCUGGGUGCAAAGAAGGUAUCGGUGUCAGCAACGCCUGGAAAGACGAAACAUUUCCAGACCAUUCAUCUCUCGCCUCGAGUCAUUCUCUGCGACUGUCCCGGUCUGGUCUUUCCCAACUUCGCAACGACCAAAGCCGAGCUCGUGUGCGCUGGCGUGUUGCCAAUUGACCAGCUCCGAGAGUAUACCGGGCCUGCCGCACUCGUUGCGCAACGGAUACCCAAGCAAUUCUUGGAAGCCAUGUACGGCAUGCGGAUCAUCACUCGACCACUUGAGGAGGGAGGUACUGGGAUACCUACUGGAGAAGAGGUGUUACGCGCUUAUGCGCGAGCAAGAGGAUUCUUCACGCAAGGUCUCGGGCAGCCCGAUGAGGCUCGGGCAGCGAGAUCUGUGCUGAAAGACUACGUGAAGGGCAAACUGCUCUUCUGCCACCCACCUCCCACAUCGCCUUCAAUUGACCCGAAACACUUCAACCGCGAGCUCUAUGAUCUCGCCCACCUCCCUCAAAAGCGACGGGCACAUCUUGCUGCCUCUGAUGUGAUGUCGCUCGCCGGCACCGAAGACGCGUCUCUCAUGGACACGGAAUCAGAAGUGGCCGCACUGCCGCUCCGUCAAGGUCGCAAAGGCGCUACGCUGGACAAGGCUUUCUUCGCUCCAGGGCAGGCAAGUGGCGUCGUGGCUCAGCCCUUCCAUUACCAAUACAGUGAGCAAGGCAAGCAACUCUCAGGAAGGAAGCUGCGCACAGUAACCGCGCUGGAGAAGGGCGUUGACCCGGCAGAAGCAAAGUUCAACCCGAAGAAGCACCACAAAGCGAACAAGAGAGCGCAGAAGAAGGUCAGAGCACCCGGUGCUCUAGCAUAUGACGAGUAG